GCUGCGCUGCGCGUGAGGAGGAAGAGGAGGAGGAGGCGGAUUUCGGGAGCAGUCGUGAUCGGACCUUGUCCGACUUACUUGUUCCGUGGCUCUGCGAAACCAGCGGUUUCGUUUUGGCGCGCAGAAGUUUGCCUUUCAUUCAUUUUUUUUCGCCACGCACGGGGAUGCGCGCGGAAUUGGAACAACAUUACUGCCUCUUCCGCGUUUUUGGAUUUAUUUGGAAAGAAAAUUUCGACAGUUUUCCCCUGCAAAGGUUCGAAAAAAGAUGAAGAUUGCUGCUGAUUCGGACCCGGGAUUUCUCUGACUUCCACUAGCGCGUCUGCGCAGUUCCGUUCAGGGGGUUUCCACCGUUUACCAAGUAUUUGCGCUGCGUGGGAUAAUUAGUUGCAGAUCUCAACCUAGUUUUUUUUUAUUUUGGGGGGGGGGAGACGCUUGUUCUGUGCGUCAUGAGCGGCACGAUGUGGAUGAAAAUGCAGAUUAUUUAGUGGGAUCAGUGACUGUCCACUGUGCCAAAUUACGCAGGAAUGGCGAACGUGUCUAAUCGCAGUAUUGUAGAAAAGUACAUCUGCCACAAACUCUCCAAGAGGGGCUACGUGUGUGGGCUGAACGGCGGCCAGCGCGAGAAUGCUGCCAAUAACGGCUCGGUUGGGGACCAUUCCCCGACUCCGGUCCGCCGCCGCUGCGACGCAGGAACGGGGCCUGACGAGGAGAGCAGCCCCCGCCUCAUCAGAGCGCUCUCCCGGGCGGACCCGCUCGCGGACAUCCACAGGGUCCUGCGCGAGGCGGGAGACGAGCUGGAGCGGCUGUACCAGCGGGACUUCACGGAGAUGUCGCGGCAGCUGUACCUCACCUCCACCACGGCGAAGACGAGGUUCGCCGAGGUGAUUGACGAACUGUUCCGGGACGGCGUGAACUGGGGCCGGAUUAUCGCGUUCUUCGAGUUCGGGGGCACGGUGUGCGUGGAGUGCGCGUCCAACGAGGAGAUGAGCACGCAGGUGGCCAGCAUCGCCGAGUGGAUGACGGAGUAUUUAAACGGACCUCUCAACAGCUGGAUUGAAGAAAACGGGGGAUGGGAUGCCUUUGUGGAGCUGUAUGACAGACAGAAGGAAACCGUCUUCACAUGCUACUGGCCGUCCAUCAAGACUGUCUUCGGCCUGGCUGCUCUCGGGGCGGCGAGCCUGACCAUUGGAGCAUACCUUGCACAAAAGUGAACCACCUCGUUCCCAUCUGCUCAACUUUGUGCCUCUUUUGUUUUUCUUUUCCUUUCUCUCCUUUCCUGAGACACUCCUGACCCCUCUGAGACACGCUUCAGACUGAAUCUGGUUUGCUUCAAAGGCUCCCUCAGAAAAGUCCCCCCCUCUAGCCCCUUCAUGUCAAAACAGACACAAAUCAAAACAGGAGAGGGAACCAGAGGCACGGCCCACAAGGCAGAGGAGAUGUUGAAAAGAUGCACCUGAGAUGUAAUCACACUAAGACAAGUUCAAGAGAAACAAGGAACGCACGUCUAUUUUUUCAUGUUUCCUUUUUUUGGUCUGCCUGCUUUAGUAUCCGUGACAGCAUGAACGUUACGUGUUAGAGUAGACUUUGCAUGUGUGGGAUUGCAGUUUGGGGGGCUUAAAGGCAAACGGAUGCAAAGAUGAUGACUCCGGAGAAGACGAAGAAGAGAGUGCAACUAUGUCAGUUCUUGUCAGGGUGAAGGACCUGGUUUGAACUGUGGACUCCAGUUUACCUUCAAAGCACUUCCUCUGCGGAACAGCUGCUCCGAAUGUGUGAUGGAAACGGUUUGCUGUUGCUAGUGCGGUGUGUCUGCUGUUCUCACUCCUCAGUGAAGCACCAUUAGACUCUCCCAGCCUGUGAUGGUGGAUGCAAACAGCUUCUCCUUUACAGACUUUUGAAAGCUCCUCCACUUUUACGUCGUCUUUUUUUUACUUCAGGAAGGUUUUAAGUUGAUGAAAACGUCAUUCUGAGAGGAAUAGGGACUGCAGCACACACAGAAAAGGAGGAAAGGAGGAAGCACAAUAACCAGCACAUUUUGUAUUCUGAGGCUUUUACAGUAUAACCGCACAAUUUUAAGAGUGCAUUCCACAGGCAAUGAAAUGCAAAGCAGACCACCCACAUUGGUAAUUUAUAUAAAAGUCUAACAAUCACAGAGCUAAAAAAAGAAAAAAACGAGCCUGUUGCAUCUUCUUUGCUUCUUCGUGAGUCCAUUUGUGGUCAGAUUGAUUGGGUUCAUUCAGGUUCUAGGGGUUACCCUGCCAACAUGUGUUGGCCUGGCCCCACAAAGACUCAGUGGAGAACCAGACGUGGGCGGAUGUGACCGAGCGGACUGCACAGAAGCAGGACUGAAGGUAGAGUCCGGCGCGCUGGAACCUGAGAUGUCUGCGUUUCCUCAUGUAAAACAUGCAGCUUCGGCGUUUUCUCCACAGAUCAUCCUUGAAGAGUGUACACUCGCACACUCUUCACACUCGGAGGCCCUCUGCCAGCCUCCCAGUCGCAUCAAUAUAUUUAUAUCUGGGUCUGUCCUGCUCAACCACAUGUGAAGAAUAAAAAAUUUCUUUUUGCUGA